AAAUUUUCCAAAGCAAUCACAAGUCACAAACUUACGUACAAACUUAAACUCAUAAUAUUCAAAAUGUCUCUUAUUCCGGGAAGCUUUUUCGGCAACGAUCGACGGAGCAACAUCUUCGACCCGUUCUCGCUCGACAUCUGGGACCCGUUUCAGGACUUCCCCUUGACCACCUCUCGCUCGGCUCCACGCUCCGAAACGGCGGCAGUGGCGAACACGCGCAUCGACUGGAAGGAGACGCCGGAGGCGCACGUGUUCAAGGCGGACCUGCCGGGGCUGAAGAAGGAGGAGGUGAAGGUGGAGGUAGAGGAAGGGAAGGUGCUGCAGAUCAGCGGCGAGAGGAAAGUGGAGAAGGAGGACAAGAGUGACAAGUGGCAUAGGGUGGAGAGGAGCAGCGGCAAGUUCUUGAGGAGGUUCAGGCUGCCGGAGAAUGCGAAGGUGGGGGAGGUGAAGGCGGCGAUGAAGAACGGGGUGCUUACUGUCACUGUGCCAAAACAAGAGGUGAAGAAGCCUGAUGUGAAGGCUAUUCAGAUUUCUGACUAGAGGACCAAGAUGAGUGCAUGGCCUUUUCAGAAUCGGGGUAAUGGUUGUGGAAUAAAGGGAUGUUUCUAAGAGGUCAUGUAAUGGAAUUUGCUUCUAUACGAUCGAUGUAAUGCUUACUUUGUGUUGGGUUUUGGUCGUAUGGAUUUUGAAUGCAUAAUGUAGUUAAUCUGAAGCUAAUAAAAUUCCUGGUUCAGUUCUUUUACAAAUGUAAUUGUUUCAACCAGAAAUAACCUAAGUGGCUGAGUUACAGGUUG